CGGUGAGGUUUGACUUUCUCCGCGCCGUUUGGUGACCAGAGAGCCAUGGACGUCUCCAACCUGACCAACACGACGCCGGCGCCCGCCAUGCCGUUCUACGUGCACGGUCCUGUCGUCACCGGGCUCUACAUCGUGGGGUACUGUCUGGUCUUCUCGCUGAACGUGGUGGGGAACGCCGUGGUGUGCUGGGUGAUCGCCUCCACGCCGCGCCUCCACACGGCCACCAACUACUUCAUCCUCAACCUGGCCGUGGCAGAUCUGCUGGUGGCCGUCUUCUGUAUCCCCUUCACUCUGGUGGAACACAUUCUGUACGAUUACCAGUUCGGAGAAGUGAUGUGCAAACUGAACAGGACGAUUCAGGGGGUGUCUGUAGCAGCCUCCGUCUACACCCUGUCCGCUAUCGCAGUAGAACGGUACUACGUGGUCCUGUACCCUGCAGACCUGUGUAUGGGCAGCAGCACAGUGCGGAAGGCCCUGGCGGCGAUCUGGGGAGCGGCGGUGCUGAUCAUGCUGCCGCAGCUGUUCGUGUUGGGGAUGGAGGAGUACUCCUUCCAGUUCCGGGGCGGGGAGACGGCCACGUACUGCGGGGAGAACUGGCCGACUGUGGAGUACCGGCAGGCCUACACGCUAGCCCUGUUCGUGCUGGUGUACUGCGGGCCGCUCGCAGCUGUCACCUGCAUCUACUGCCGCAUCGGCGUCAGCAUCUGGUACCGGUCCGCCUUCCCGCUCAGCUCAACCUCGUCCAGCCGGCCCCGGGUCAUAGGUCAGGACACUAACAAACCCAGGGUCAUGGGUCAGGUCAACAACCAGUCCCGGGUCAUAGGUCAGGAUCCAAAUCAGUCCCAGGUCAUGGAUCGGAAUAUUAACCAGUCACAGGUCAUAGGUCAGGACUCCAAUCAGUCCCAGGUCUUGGGCUCGAAUACCAAUCAGUCCCAGGUCAUGGGUCAAGACUCCGGUCAGUCCCAGGUCAUGAGUCAUGACCCUGGUCAAUCCAAAGUCAUGGGUCAGGACCCUGGCGGAUCCCAGGUCAUCGGUCAGGACCCUGGCGGAUCCCAGGUCAUGGGUCAGGACCCUGGCGAGUCCCAGGUCAUGGGUCAGGACCCUGGCGAGUCCCAGGUCAUGGGUCAGAAACCCAGCCAAUCCCAGGUCAUGGGUCAGAAAUCCGGCCAGUCCCAGGUCAUGAGUCAAGACCCCAACCAGUCCCAGGUCAUGGGUCAGGAGUCUGACCAGUCACGCGUCACAGGUCAGGUUCCCAAGCGGAGACUUCGGGUCACCAAGAUGCUGGUGACGGUGGUGGCGAUAUUCGCGUUGUCAUGGUUACCGCUGUACGUGAGCUGGAUGCUGGACGAUUUCGGCUCUCUGUCUGCGGAGCAGGAGGAGACGCUGUUUAAGUACGUGUACCCGAUCGCACACUGGGUCGGCUACUUCAACAGCUGCGUCAACCCCAUCAUCUACGGGCUGUUCCGCUCGGACGUGCGCAAAAACCUGCCGUCCCGCGCCAGCAGCAGGGGCAGGAAAGCCAGCAUGACAACCUCACGGAAACGCACCAGCGUGCUGGGCAGGUACAUCCGCAGGAAGGGCCGACAGGAAACAGCAUUAUAGCCUAAACUUUACAUUAUAACCUCAGUACA